GACAUGAAAGGAGGAAGAUCCAAGGUGGAGUCGAAGAAAGCGGAUGCGAAGCUUUCGGUGAAGAAAGGAGCCGCGAGCGGUAAAAAGUCGGCGGCGAAGAAGGGGAAGGCGGCUAAGGAUCCAAACAAGCCUAAGAGGCCUGCUAGUGCCUUCUUCGUCUUCAUGGAGGACUUCCGGAAGACUUACAAAGAGAAGCACCCGAACAAAAAAUCGGUCUCCGCUGUUGGAAAGGCUGGUGGUGAGAAAUGGAAAUCCAUGACUGAAGCUGAGAAAGCUCCAUACGUUGCAAAGGCGGAGAAAAGGAAAAGCGAUUAUGAAGUAACACUCGAGGCUUACAACAAGAAACUCAACGACGGAGGUGGUGCUGAUGACGAGUCCGAAGGAGGAAAACUGCGUGGGAAUGAAAAAACAAAGGAUGGAGGCGUGGUAUUAAUAUUUGGUGGAUUAAUGAGAAAACCUUAG